AUGGACAACUCACGCCGUGCCUCUGGCGGCAGCCGCCGGCAACGCUCCUCAUCGACGUCGAGUACCACCUCAACAGCUUCAUCUGUAUCCUUUAUGGCCGAGGAGGACUAUGAUUUGAUGGCUAGUGCUGCCAUCCCUGAUGGCUUUCGACCCUCUCGUCCUGUCCCCAACCCGUCCGCCGCCCGACGUCCAAUGCCCCCUCUCGCCGGCCCUUUACUGCCGCCGCCUCAAGCAGUCAAUCCAUCGUUCUCCAAAUGGAAUCAUCGGCCUUCUAGCGUUGCCAAGGCCCCCAGACCGCACGAUUCACUCACAAUUCGUGCCGACGGUUCCAAUGCCCCCAACACUACUCAAGCCAAUGGCAAUGGCGUCCCGCCACUGCGUGUCGAGGCCCCGUACCGUGGCCCCUCGAAUCCUGUCCAUCCCUACGGCAUGUAUCCUCAACGGACCGCCAGUAACGCUACCGACCGAAGCGCCCGUGGCAAUCGUCCAUCGUCAUACACUGGCCCUCGCGGCCCAACUCACCCGUACACGCUCUAUACCCAGGGUACUGCAGCCGCACCUGUCGAGGCCAAUCAACAAGCCAUUCCGGUCGGGUUCACUGGACUGGCCGCGCCAUAUGAACGUCAGAUUGGACCUGAUGGCGAAGAUAUUGGGGAUCUACUGGGGCCCCUUGGACACACGGAAGAAUUGCCUCCUUAUACACGAUACCCCGAGGUCGCUUUUUCUACCAAGCCAGCGCCAGGCGUUGCUACCGCCAUCGGCUCUUCAUCAAACCCGACACAGCAUACACAAGAAGCAGAGGCUUCGAGUAGCGAGCCGGCUGCUGCCGCUGCUGUCGUUUCCGAGACAGAAAACCCUGCCGACGCCGCCCCAGAGAAUCCGUUCUCCUCCGCUGAGGACGACCUUGUACGGAUGAACUCGACGCGGUCAAGACGUUCCAACAGAACCGUAUCCACUUAUCGCGACAAUCCCUCCUCUGACGACUUUCUCUCCGAAAAGGAGCCUCAUAUUCAGACAAAAUGGCAACGCAGGGCGAGACGAAAACUCUGGGGUGUCAUCCCAUACUGGUCUAUUUGCCUCGUUUUUGUUGGUCUUAUCUUGGGUAGUAUCAUGGGUGCAGUUGUCGGAACUAUCUUAACAAAGAAGAGCUCGAGCAAAGACCCGCCGCCUCCAGCGCCUACGACGCCUUUACCAGUACCUGAUCACAACCCGAGCCCGACGUCCGUUGACAUCCAGCCACUGCCAACCGUUCCCAACCUGUUAUUGCCAUUGCCUCUCGGCCGUUUCUCUCUUCCUCAGAUGGAUGGUGGCCCCCCGCCUAGGAAAUUCUGCGUUAGCGACACUAGUCAGCUUUCAGCCUGGAGUUGUAACAUGGCUUUCCGAUUUUAUGCCAUCGAUAUUAUUAAGGAGCCACAGCGAGCGUCUACGGAGAGAUAUAAUAUGACGCUCACACCUAUCAACAACACACAGUCACAACUGCUAUGGGGCACCCAACCGCCUUGGAUCAAAGAUCCAAUCAAGCUAAGGCUUGUCAACGACAGCAUGGAAGGGGAUACGCGCGGACCCGCUUGGUGGACGUCUGUUACCUAUGACAAGACUGUCGUUGUCCGGGAUGCCGACCUAUCUCCAAUUCACAAGCGGAGUUGGCCCUUUUCUGGGCUUCCCGUGACAGCGGCCGCUGCCACUUCACGAAAGGCGAGGCCCUACCAACCCCGACCUGGAGAUUGCAUGUGGAUUUGCACUUGGCCACAGACGGUGCUAGAGAUUCUUCUCUACCCAGGCCAAAAUGUGACCACAAAGCCGAGCGCUUCGCCGACUCUAACUUACUCGUCGUCGCCGCCGCCGUUGCCGACCCGCACAAACCCUGCUGCCGGUGAUUCGAACUAUGGCAAUUUUGACUUGAACGAGAUGCCCCAGGAUCCUUUGUCGCCGUAUCCUCAGCUUGUCAGACUGAUUGAACGCCGUACGGCCAAUAGCCGGCCUGCCACGUGCCUCAGGUACAUAAUGAACCCCGGCGGCAACAUUGAAGCUCAAAGUUACCCCGACGGCUCACCGAUGAGGAUUACUAUUUCCGAGAGCGCCAAUACUAUUCGCAACAGUGAUCGGUCCCCCAAACCUCCUGAUGGCCCGCUUGGCGACAGCCAUCGGGAGGUGGAUGAGGAACGACUGGGGCUCACAGGUCGGGAAUCCCUUCAAUUCACACCUUGCGGCUGCCUUUGGUCACAGUAA